UGUAAUGAUUGGCGUGUGGCGUGAGGCGGGACCAGGCCCUGAGUCGCUGAAGGGGUGCUGCAGUGGCGGAGGCGCGGCGCUUUCUGCUGCAGGUGCCCCGCUUCCCCCGGAACCCCGCUCUCCCACCGAAUGUUCGGCCUCCGGACCCUGCUGGGCCUUAGCGUUAUCGCCUGGUCUCGCUGUGCCACUCGGGGCUCGGGUUCGCUCGUCUCCCGGGCUCCUGCCUUCCUGUGCCCGAGCCCCCGGGGGCAGCUCAUAGCCGGCUUGAUGGACCGCAAAUGUUCGACAGGGGGCGAGAAGUCGGUCAAAUACCUGGGUCAGGAAGAGGCCCAGGCCAUUGACCAGGAGUUGUUUAGCGAAUACAAGUUCAGCGUGGACCAGCUGAUGGAGUUGGCAGGCUUGAGCUGUGCAACUGCCAUUGCUAAGGCGUACCCUUUGUCGUCACUAAGGAAAGAGACCCCCACCGUGUUGGUGCUGUGUGGACCGGGGAAUAAUGGUGGAGAUGGACUGGUGUGUGCGCGGCACCUCAAACUGUUUGUAAGUUCAGACACACUGCACUCAUUUAAUCAGAGAAGCAAGGUUCCUCGGUAUGCUUUUAACAAUGAGCGUACGGCUUUCCCCACGGUGUCCCAUCAAACACUCCCAGGGACAGGGACGGCAUGGGGUUAGAUUAAGAGGAAAGCUCAGGAAAGUAUAAAUCAUGCUUGUAGGAGCGACAGGAGAUGCACAGGAACAAACCCCCGAGUGCUGAAAAUGUAGAAUGUGAAGACUGUGUGAAGUCAGCAUAGUUUCCCUUGAAGGUAGAGGAGUGAUCUAAAUGUGGGUCUAAGGUGAUGUGAUGGGGUCAAUCGAACCGAGUGUUGGAGUGCAGGACACAGGGAGGAGAGCCCUUGUGAAUGUAGAGCAAGCUCUACCAUGGUUCAAUCGAAUAUCGAAACAGGCUGGAGGGAGUAAACAGGUACUUCAGUGUUCAUCAACAGCAGGGGAUGUGCGGGCUUGAAAUCAUUCUCUCCAUCUCUAUCCCUCUCGCACACGUCCGUCUGUCUCUCUCUCUCUCUCUUCCUCCCCCUCUGUCUGUCUGUCUGUCUCU